AACCAGACUUACAAAGGGUUUCUCAUCUCUCUCUGUUUCUUCCAAGAAAUGGAGGUGAUGAAGAACAGUCGAAAACAGCUUGUAGCCUCUGUAAUUUUUGUUUUAGUUCUGUUCUACAUUCCAUUGAGCAUAUUUUCCAUCUUAGACCCUAUUGAUUUCCUGGCUCUGCAAUCUAUCCGUAAAUCUCUGGAUGACAUGCCUGGUUCGAAUUUCUUUUCCUCGUGGGACUUCACUUCCGAUCCCUGCAACUUCGCCGGUGUAUACUGUGAAGCUGACAAGGUAAUCGCUUUAAACCUAGGCGAUCCAAGAGCUGGUUCUCCUGGUCUCAGUGGCCGUAUCGACCGUGCAAUCGGCAAUCUCUCAGCACUCGCAGAGCUCUCCAUUGUUCCUGGUAGAGUAAUGGGUUAUCUUCCACAAACUCUAUCUCAGUUGAAGAACCUUCGAUUCCUCGCUAUUAGCAAAAACUUCAUCUCAGGCGAAAUACCCUCUUCUCUGGUCGAACUCCGAAGGCUUCAAACCCUUGAUCUUAGCUACAAUCAGCUCAGCGGCUCGAUUCCUCCGGCCAUCGGAACAAUCCCUUCACUUUCCAAUGUAAUUAUGUGUCACAACCAUCUCACUGGUUCAGUCCCUCCCUUCACCUCCCAAACCCUAACUCGUCUCGAUCUCAAACACAACAACCUCGCCGGUGCUCUCUCACCUUCUUCUCUACCUCCGUCGCUUCAGUACCUCUCCCUGUCUUCCAACCGUCUGAGUGGACCGGUAGACCGGCUAUUGGCCCGACUCAACCGGCUGAACUACCUCGAUCUGAGCCUGAACCGGUUCACGGGAAGCAUUCCCGGCGUUUUAUUCACAUUUCCGAUAACGAACCUUCAGUUGCAGAGAAAUUUCUUCGCUGGACGGGUUAAACCAUUGGAUCAAGUUAGGAUCACCACCGUCGAUCUGAGCUAUAACAGAUUUUCCGGCGAGAUAUCGUCGCUGUUGUCGACCGUCCAGAACCUGUAUCUGAACAAUAACCGGUUCACAGGGGAAGUGCCGGGUAGCUUCGUAGACCGGUUGUUAGCCGCAGGGAUAGAGAUACUGUACCUACAGCAUAAUUACCUGACAGGGAUCGAAAUCAAUCCAACGGCUGAGAUUCCAUCUAGCAGCUCUUUGUGUUUGCAAUAUAACUGUAUGGUACCGCCGGCUCAGACUACUUGUCCGAUUAAGGCAGGGAUAGUGAAGACUCGGCCGACGACUCAGUGUGCCAAGUGGAAGGGAUGAGGUGGGGAUAGUACAGAAUACCAAGGGCAAAAAUGGGACUUUGGGCUAUUCGUUUUUUGGGUUCAGUUUUGUUGGGGCUGGUUCUAAUUCAUUUGUUUUUGUAUUGUUGUGAAACCAAAUGUUAUAUAUGGGUUGGGGUUUGGUUUGUUAAUUGAUUAUAGAAUGAGAGAGAAAGAGAGGAAAUAAGGAAAUAAAAGUGGCUGUGUGGGUAUUAUGUAGAUAGUGGUGGGUGGCCAUUGAAGGUGAUUUUCUCCUUCUUGGAUGAAGACUAUAAUAACUAUUUGAUU